AUGGUGAAGUCUAGGAGCGCCUUGUUGGCUCUCAUUCACCAGCAUCUCCUGAAGAAUGGAUACAGCAAGGCUGCCAGAGAGCUGCGGAUAGAGAGCGGAGAGACAUUUGCUUCCUCUAAGGUCACUUUGCAACGUGUCUAUAAGCUUUGGACAAAGAAAUCAAAGAAAAAAAAGAAGAAAACGAAAAAAAAGAAAGGAGCAAAGAGUAAGAAACCGGAUUAUGAUCCCAUAAAAGCUGAACCCCUUGAUCCCACACUGCAGGCAAAAAUGAGUUUGGACAAAAAGGCAAAAAAGGGCAAGCUAGUUAAGAAAAUGAAUUUGGCUACUGAACCUGCAGUAGAUGUUAAGGUUAACUCCAAAAAGACCUCCAAAAAGACAAAUUCUUCAUUGAACAACCUUCCAGGAUCUUCUGACAUGCAAGCAGCGGCUGGUGGGAAUGACUCCUCUAAUAGUAAGAAAAAGACUGCAUCAGCAAACACAGCCCCCGUACAGGCUGCCAGUUUAAAGUCCAAUCCAGGAGCAGAAAAGAUUGAUGAGAGUUCUUCUAGCUCCGAGUCUGAAGAAGAGACUACAAAGCAAGUUGUACAUGGUAAAAACGUGCCAGACACAGCAGCUGCUGAGAAGAAAUCUCCCUGUAAACCAUCCAGUGGCAAAGCUGAGAUGAGUGAGAGCUCUGACAGUAGUGAUGAGACCGACAUUGAUAAGCCUCCAGCCAAGCCCACAGUCCCCUCAAGUUUACAGGCUUCGAAGGGUAAAAGACAGGCUGCACCCCCCAGCACAGAAAGUUAAGGCCGAUAGUAGUACAGAAAGCAGUGAGACUGAUGAUGACGAGCCAGUGAAACAGGGAGUGACACCAACUCCUAAACUUGCAUCUCUACCUGCUGUCUCAGCAGCAAGGUUGAAGGCACAAAGCUCACUCCCUACUUCACAGUCUAUUAAGGCAAAGAGCAGUUCAGAGAGCAGCGAGUCUGACAGUGAAGAAGAGUCUGUAAAGCAGGACAAAAAACCUGCAAAGGCUGCCAAGGUGGUAAAAGCAUCGCCAACCAAACCUACAAGGGGACUAAGCAAAGCAGCUACACCUGCCCAAGCCAAUGCUUCAGCAGUAAAAGUCCAGCUUCAUUCACAGAUAUUGGUGUCGGAGACUGAGAGCGACUCCUCAGACAGUGAAGAGAAGCAGAAAACGCCCUCUGCAGUCACUUCACAAAGAACAGCGGCUUCUCCAAUGACACCAGUGGUUGCUUCCAAGGCUGGAACCCCAAGUAAAACUGAGCAGCCAUCAGAAGAGACCUCGGAGGAAGAGUCAUCAGACAGUGAUGAGGAGCCAGCUACUAAGACACCUGCCACUGUUAGUUCAACACCUCAGCCAAAAACUCUCUCUUUGGGCAUCAAACAGAUACCAGUGGUUGCUGCUAAGACCCCAUUAAAAUCAUCUCAACCAGCAGAUAAGAGCUCAGAGGAAGAGUCAUCAGACAGUGAUGAGGAGCCAUCUGUUAAGAAACCUGCCACGGUUCUUCCUUUAUCUCAACAAAAAACUCCUUUAGGGAGAGCUAAGCAAGCACCUGUGUUGGCUAAAAUUCAAAGCCCAGUAAAAACAGCUCGGCAAGCAGAUGAGAGCUCUGAGGAGGAGUCAGACAGUGAUGAAGAGUCAGCUGCUAAGAAACCAACAGCUGUUCAGUCUUCUCAGCCAAAAACACCCUCAGGGGAAGCCAAACAGACCACUUUAAAGGCUACAUUGAAGACCCCUUUAAAAAUCGCGCAAUCAGUUAGCGAGAGCUCAGAAGAGGAGUCUGACAGUGAUGAGGAAACAGUUGCUAAGAAAUCUGCUACAGCUCUUCAGUCAACACAGCAAAAAUCUCCUGGUGGGGGCCCUAAACAGACAGCUGUGUUGGCCAAGUCAAAGAUCUCACAGCCAAACCGUGAAAGCUCGUCGGAGGAGUCUGACAGUGAUGAGGAAGCAGCUGCUAAGACCAGUUCGUCAGUUCAGGUCAAGAUGUCCACUCCCUCUUCUGCUCUGACUGUUAAGCGGCCUCUUUCCAUUCAGGUUCCAGAUUCUGAUGCUGAUUCAGAAAGCAGUGAAUCUUCUGAUACAGAGCAUAAGCAGCGUUCUAAAAGCACUGCGCCGGUUAAAGUUACUGAAGGGACACCUACCGUAGUUGGUAAGCUGGUAACCAAACCUGCUGCAGCAGAUGCCUCAGACAGCAGUGACUCUGAUGAUGAAGAAAAAGCUCAGCCUAAGCCUUCAGCUGUGUCAAGUGGAGUAAAGGGAAAACAGACAGUUUCCACUUCUUUGAAACCAGAUGACCGCUCAGAAGAAAGUGAAUCUGAAAGUGAUAAAGAGCCUGUAAAACUGGCUGAAGUCAAAACUUUAGAAAAACAGAAAGCAAAACGAUCUGCAUCUCAACCUAAGACUACUGCACAGCCAGUAAGACCAGCAGCUAUUUUUUCAAAAGGGAAGAGCCUUGUGACAAGCAAGGUGACCACUGUUCCUCAGGCACUGGCAGAGAGCUCCGAAAGUACCGAGUCCUCUGAUAAUGAAGACCUUUCCCCAGCCCAGGUAACUAGAACAUCAGUGAUGGUCGCUCCACCUGCAGCCAAAUCCACAGCACAACCAGCUGCUGUGGCCAAACAUAAGGCAGGUGGUCCUACCAAAAAUCAGUCCCAGGGACAAAGUUGGCAGUAGUAGAUCAGGGAAUGUCUGAUAGCAGUGAAUCAUCAGAUAGUGAGGAAGAGCAGUCCGGUGUACAGAAACUUGAGUUGUCAGUUGAGGCAAAACAGAAAAAGAUCCCAAUGUCUGCUCCCUUAUUGACUUCCACUCCAUAUGAAUCCACUGCAUCUAAGGGAAAAAGUGCUUUGCCAAUGAGCACUCCUCCAGUAGCAAAAGAGGUAGCUGCAGACAUCUCAGAGAGAGUAGCGAUACUGAGAGUGAUGAAGAGGAGAUGACACAGGUUAUGACUUUGACCCCAAGCUUUGUGAAGUCAAAGAGUGGAAAUAUUACAGACAAGUUGGCUAAAACCUCGACAUCUUCAAUUGCUUCAAAAGCAAAGUCCACAACACCAAUCAAAGUUCCCUCCACACUGAAGAAGGUUCCCGCAGAAAGCUCAAGCGACUCUUCUGACAGUGAAUCUUCAGAAGAGAGGGCUGUGAAGACAACUCCAACUGCUGUAAAGAUGAAACAAAGAAACCAGGCUGACAAGGUGGUUAAGACUCCACUAGCUCCUAAAUCUCUACCAGGCAAGUCUAAUGGUACCAGCGUGGCUAAAACACCCUUGCAAGCAAUUGAGCAAAGUUCCAGCGAGGCUUCAGACAGUGAGGAGGAUACAGCUGAAAAGCCUAGUGCAGCUACUCCAAAACAUGCAGCACAGCCUAGUGUUGGGAAGACUACAACACAGAUUCCUCCACUACAGAAGAAGCAAGAGAGCAGUUCAGAAGAAGAGAGUGACUCUGAGGAAGAGGAGCCUGUGAAAAAGCAUACUGUAGCUACUCCAAAACCUGCAGCACAGCCUAGUGUUAGGAAGACUACAACACAGAGUCCUGCAGUGCUACAGAAGAAGCAAGAGAGCAGUUCAGAAGAGAGUGACUCUGAUGAAGAGGAACCUGUGAAAAAGCUUGCUGCAGCUACUCCAAAACCUGCAGCACAGCCUAGUGUUGGGAAAACUACAACACGGAUUGCUGCAGUGCUACAGAAGAAUCAAGAAAGCAGUUCAGAGGAGAGUGACUCUGAUGAAGAAGAACCUGUGAAAAAGUUGACAUCAAGUGUUGUAAAUACACAGAAGAAACCUGAGCCAGCAGCCAAGCUUACAAAAUUAAAGUCUGCAUCACCAGCUAAGAGCCCUGUUGUGACUAAACCUGAUGACAGCACUGACACAUCUUCUUCAGACAGUGAGGAGGCCAAGCCUGUUCAGGAUAAAAGUGCUGCCGCUGGAAAUCUCAAAUCUAGCCAGAAGCCAGUUGGUAGAAGUGUUAGCAAACUAUCAAGCACUGAUGUUAAAAAGAGUAAGUCAGCGGUUCAUCCAACACAGUCAGGUGGCAGCAAGCCAAAAGAUUCUCAGCCUCUCCUCAAAAUGACAUCUCCUGUGAUAACUACUCCAAAGAAAAGGAAGAGGGCCUCAGAAACCACAAGCAUAUUGGAUUCGGUUGCUGAAAAAAUAAGUAAGAAAAAGGAGACUAAAAAAAAAGUCCAGCCUGAUACAAUACCAGUUCCUCCAAUGGCUUCUCCAGAAAAAUCUGCAUCAGCAGUAGCCUUGUUGGAAUCUGAAGAAGAAACAGUUUUGGCCCUACUUGAAGGAAGGAGUCCAAAGAAAGCAAAGAAAAAUAAAGUAUCUAAGCAAGCCGCUGAGACUGCAGUAGUUAAUGUUGCCACACCUACAGCACAGAAUAAUGAUGUACCCAAGAAGAUUUCUCUACCUCAUCCCCUUCUGUCUUCAUGGGUCCCUGAGAGUCCAACCUCAGGAGAUGACAAGAGUGGCCAGCCUACUACAGAGGUUGCUUCACAGUCUGAUAAGAAAGCAAAGAGCAGCAAGAAACGCAAGAUCUCCCAAGACCUCGAAAAGCAGAAUCAAAAGCCAGCCAAAAAAGCAAAGGACAAGCAGGAAAAAAAGAUUCAGAAGGGUAUGGAAGAGGAAGCAAAUGUAACCCCAAAACCUAAGUCUGAUGAAAAGAAAUCUGAAAAGGACAGAUCAAAGAAAAAAACAAAAACCAAGGAGGAAAAGAAAAACCAAGAAGGAAAGCAAAAAGCUGAAAGUAUUGCAGCAGCAGUUGUAGAGUCAGCAGAUUCUGGAAUCAGCCUGUCUAAACCUAAGAAGAAG